ACAAGAUGAAGAAGACGAGGCAGAAGAAGUAGAACAUGACGGUCGAGUCCAUUCCGAACAGGCGCUUCCACCUCUUAAGAAUUUUUUUUUUUUAGUUUUUAAUCUCGACGUCGAGUGGGACAAACGACAAAUCUGUCUCUAAAGGAGCUGCGACAUAUAUUUAAAAGAGGAGACGAUUUGGAGGCGGAGGAAUUGACACUUGAGAGCCUACGCACUUGCUUCCUGUUGUCAGUGAGGUAGUGAUAUGUCUAAAUGAGCUACUAUGCUACAAACAUAGCAAAAUGGGGGACUCGGAACAAGGGUGGACGUUUUAAGUGGGACUCUGUUCUCUUCGUGUGUCUUUCCUACAUGCGUCCCUUUACAGUAUGUCGCUGAGUUCGGGCGGUUGGACCGCCAGUCUCGCGGCGGAACAGUGCGCGCCUCCGCCGCCUGUCCGGAAUGGAGCACCGCAGCAAUCGGAGCUGUCGAACUGUCAAACUGUCCUCAUGUCGGUUCGGGUGUCAUUGUGCCAUUCUGGUAUUCGGCCUCUGCGUCUUCCGGGAGCAGGUGGUGAGUCACUUCGCCUCCAGCUCAGUAUGGACCCCGGGAAGUCCGGGGAAUUCCGUCUUGCGCUCCAAGACUGCAGCGGGAAUAGUCGGAGCGUGAUUAUUGCUGAGUACGAUUUGAGGUCGGUGAACUAUGAGGUGAAAACGCCAAAAUGCCACGAGCUGAGUCUGGCGACGCCUCCACAUGAUAGCAUCAACUUCAACUUUCGCUGCGAGCAGGAGGCCCAGCAGUGGGCCACUGUGGUAAUGACAUCACUGAGAGAAGCACACAAAGCAUCCCCCGAAGAUAACAAUACAGGGAGUUCCCAUCUUCAGGAUACCUCAGCUUUGCAACAGUUAGAAGACGCGUGCGUGGAGCUGACCCGGGCCAUCCAGGCUGGCGACAUGAAGGCGGCCUCUGCCUUUGCCGCCACGCUUUCUCGUCAACACGCCACGCUGAAGAUCCAGCCUGCUGCACGACAAUGUGAAGACACUGAAAUCAGAUUGGCUGUUGUAGUUGAGGAUGCUUCCUCGUCGUGUUGCGUCACUAUGAAAGUUUCUCCUCUUAUGACCACUGCAGCUCUGAAACAGCAGAUGUUCCUUGAGUACGGCUUCCACCCGUGGGUGCAGCGCUGGGUGAUCGGCCAGUGCCUGUGCGCCAACCAGCGCUCCUUGGUGUCGUACGGCGUCCGCCAGGACGGCGACACGGCUUUUGUGUACAUCCUGUCAGCCCGACACGCCCACCUGACCCACCAUGUUCUCCAGCAGGACCAAGAGAGCGCUCUCCUCCACAACUCCCCUCCAAAUGUGACUUCCCUCCCUCACACCGCUACUAACAGCACGUCAGCACAACAGCGCAGACCUUACAACACCUUGCCCCCACGAUUGAACGACAGUAUCAGCAACAUUGGGUCGCAGAAAGGAGGCCCCAGUGAGCUCAAACAUGCCUCCAGUGUGGAGGUUUGUCAACUACAUGAAGUACUGAAACCAAACACAACCACCUCCUCACAGGGCUGGCCGUGUCCUUCUUGCACUUACAUUAACAAACCGACAAGGCCCGGCUGCGAGAUCUGCGGUACAGACCGGCCUGACAACUACGUGGUUCCGGGCGGCUACCAGCCAGACGCAGUGGAACUCAGACGGAUCCAGCAGGAGAAGGAGGCCAUUAGACAGUACCAGCAGGCGAGGGAAGCAGAGCGCCGGGAUAAUUUUGCCAAGCUGGUGAUGAUGGAUGGCCAGGACUUGGUGCCGAAUCCCGAGCCGUUGGACUGCAGGAUCUGCUAUGUGGAGCUAAAGCCAGGAGAGGGCGCCGUUCUCAGGGAGUGUCUCCACUGCUUCUGCAAAGAGUGCUUGCGCUCCGUCAUCAUGCUGAGUGAGGAGCCUGAAGUGUCCUGUCCCUACAGAGAUGACACAUAUGCUUGCACAUGCUCCCUGCAGGAGAGGGAGAUCAGAGCUCUGGUUCCGCUAGAGGAGUACGAGCGCUGGCUGCAGAGAAGUUUGUCUGUGGCCGAGUCGCGAUGUGAGGGCAGCUACCACUGUGCCACCGUGGACUGCCCUGGCUGGUGCGUGUACGAGGACACGGUCAACGUAUACCAGUGUCCUGUCUGCCAGAAGAACAACUGUCUCAUUUGCAAGGCUAUUCAUGAGGGGAUGAACUGCAAGCAAUACCAAGAUGACCUUGCAGCCCGUGCCAUCAAUGACUCGGCCGCACGAAGGACAACACAACUACUUCAGACCCUGGUUGCAUCUGGGGAGGCAAUGCACUGCCCCCAGUGUGGCAUCAUCGUGCAAAAGAGGGACGGAUGCGACUGGCUGCGCUGUACCGUCUGUCACACGGAAAUCUGCUGGGUCACCAGAGGUCCCCGCUGGGGGCCAAAGGGUCCUGGAGACACCAGUGGAGGAUGUCGCUGCAAUGUGAACCAUCAAAAAUGCCAUCCGAACUGUCAAAAUUGUCACUAGGUACUCUCAAAUGUGUCCCCAUUGGGAAAAAAUGGCCUUGGAACUAAAAAUUAUCUGAAGUAGUAUUAAAGUACGCACAAAGAACAGCCAAAAACGGAGUGAAACACAGACACACACAAUCAUUCUAAUUAUUUCACAGAAAAAAAAAUGCUAAUUGGUUGCAUGCAGUGCCUUGGAAAUGACUUGCUAUGCAAAUGUAGACCUGUAGAUGUUGAACAUACUGUACCAGGAUGCAAUACUUUACCAAAGUGGCCUUUUACAUGUGAACAAAUACUGAACCAGGGUGUUUAUCCUUAUUUAUGCUCGUGCAAUGUUGUUAGGGUUCUUUUUUGGAUAGAUACAGAGAGAAAACCUUUAUAGUGCUAUAUAUUUUUGUAUGCAUGGGUGCUUUGGAAUGGAAACAGUUUGAAUGUCACUAUGCCUUUGACAUGACGAAGCAGAUGAGGUGGAUGUGGUUGUCACCGCCAUGUACUGAUUACUGGUCAAAGAUCUUGGGAAAAUGUACUGUAUGUUGUGUAAGCUAAUAAUAAUAAUCCCUUCCAAAUCUGAUUUAAAUUGUAUAUGGUGAUUUUAAAUUGAUCUUCUUUCAUAUAUCCACUAACAUUUUGAAUGCAUGGUUUGAAAUGUAAUGAUGUUAACAUUAGGUACUGUCAAGAAAUGCACUAGCGGUUUAAAAAAAAACAACAAAAAACAAGGUUUUCCCUUAAAAAAAAAUGACUAUCCUGCACUGAUAAGCCAUAAAAAAAUAAUGUGUCUUAACAUGUAUUCAAAAGUCAUCAACGUGUAGUGUAUUGAUGUGCCUUAAUGCUCAUUAAACAACCUUCA